GAAUUUUUAUUCGCAUUUUUUCUUUUGAGAAGAAAUCACAUGGAUGAACCAAAGCCACUAACAUCGAGAAAAAGAAAACGACACGAUUGGUGGGCCAAACAUAGACCAAAGGAAGGAAAAGUUCUGAAGAAAUCUGGUACGCGAGACAAAACAGAUAAGCCAUCUAAGACCUGUGAGGAAAAGAAACAAACUUCUGAAACAUCUGAAGAAGAAAACAAACAAGCUAUCAACAAACUUGACAGCAAAGACAGGAACAAAAGAUACAUACUUUUUAUUGGAAACCUACCCUUUUCAGUGAAAGAGGAACAAGUGAGGAAUCAUUUUAGAUGCACAGAUAACAUUAAAGAAUUUUGACUCAUGACCAAGAGGACUGGAGAGUCAAAGGGCUGCGGAUUUAUUGAGUUUGGUGACAAGGCUAGUUACUGGAAAGCACUGAACUUACAUCACAGUGUUCUAGCAGGAAGAAAGAUAAAUGUAGAAGUAACAUGUGGAGGAGGAGGCAAAGGAGAAAAGAGAAUUAAAAAACUGCAAGAACGUAAAUUAAAGUUUCAGCAAGGAAGGAAAAGAAGGUCCAAAUCUUCAUCUGAAGUCAAAUCAAAACAGGAGGAUGAAACAAGCUGUAAUACUUAAAGACUUUUGAAUUAUAUUUAUAUGGUAAUAGGACUGAGUGGUGUUCAAUUCAGUCUGUAAUCAUGUAAGUGAUAAACAACAUCAGACAACAACUAAGCGGGAGUCCGAUUUGUUUAUCACGAGUUUGAUUACAGACAAAAUUGGAUGACGUGAAGUUCUGUUACCAAUUAUAAUGAAAGGUAUGACAAAUUUUGAGAAAGAGACCAGACAUCAGUGAUCCAUUUUUUUUAAAAAGCAACAGUCAACUCUGUUAAGUGCAUAGGAUGUGCACUGUCCACAUACACUGGUAUGACAAGUUAACUGCCCCCAAUUUAGCUGUCUUAUUAUGCUGAAUAAAUGGGGUAAGUUUCCAAAGAAAUGGUGGUGCUGCAUUGGUGGGGAUAACAAGGUAAUUUGGUUUGAUCAACUAA